AUGGCAAUCAAGACUUCAUUUUUGCUAGCUUAUGUCCCAAUAUUGUUGAUUUUAGCACUAGUGGCAAGGUCUGAAGCAGGAGGAAUUGCUAUCUACUGGGGACAGAAUGGCAACGAAGGAACUCUAGCCGAGACUUGUGCUACAGGGAACUACAAUUUCGUGAACAUAGCAUUUCUUUCAUCGUUUGGCAGUGGUCGAAACGCAAUGAUCAAUCUAGCUGGCCAUUGCGAUCCAUACACUCCAAAUGGAUGCGUUAACGUGAGUUCUGACAUAAAAUCUUGUCAAUCCAAAGGAAUUAAAGUUAUGUUAUCGAUCGGGGGAGGGGCAGGAGCAUACUCAAUUGCCUCAUCUGCUGAUGCUUAUCAAGUUGCUACAUAUCUCUGGAACAACUUCUUGGGUGGAAAAUCGACCUCUCGCCCACUUGGCGUCGCGAUUUUGGAUGGAAUUGACUUUGAUUUAGAGAGCGGAGAAGGACCAUAUUGGGGUGAUCUUGCUAAAUAUCUAGCAAGAUAUAGCAAGAUGGGUAAAAAAGUGUAUUUAACUGCAGCACCACAAUGUCCAUUUCCUGAUGCUUGUGUUGGAGGGGCAUUAAAAACAGGUCUUUUUGACUAUGUUUGGGUACAAUUCUAUAACAAUCCUCCAUGUCAGUAUAAUUCAGGAAAUUUUACUAGCUUUCAAGAUUCAUGGAACCAGUGGAUUUCAUCAAUUCCUGCUAAGAAAAUAUUUCUUGGAUUGCCUGCUGCUUCUGAUGCAGCUGGAAGUGGGUUUAUUCCAGUCAGUGAUUUAAUUUCUCAAGUUCUUCCAGCCAUAAAGGGGUCUGGUAAAUAUGGAGGGGUUAUGCUAUGGUCCAAGUAUUAUGAUGAUCAAACUGGUUAUAGUUCUUCUAUUAAAAGCCAUGUCUAA